ACGGACAUUAGGGAGUGCAUCCAAUUUAAGGACCUUCACCCCACUUAGCCUCCAUUUGCCAUACUUCCCUUUCAUAGUGUGGGAGAUAAAUUAGCUGGCGGCACGAGGGGAGAGUGCUUUCAAGUAUUUGGGUCAAAAACAAAACCUGGUCAGGGGGAUGCGAGGCAAACAAACAAAACUGCCUUUGCAACACACGAACUUUUCCCCACGUGAAUCAAUAUUCCAGACCUCAUCUCCUUUGUGAGCAAAGAGAAGAGCGAGCUGAAAAGACAGAUGAGGCCGAAGGAGGAGGGCUGUGGGAUGUCCGGUAAAGGAUGGGGAUUCUCAUUGGCGGCUUGUGAAGAGAUUACUUGGAAUUUGAGGCAAAACCGUGGAGGGGACGCAGAAGAAUCCUACAAUCAGCAGUCUUCUCAGUCUUAGUCCAGUCACUGUGCAGACUCUGCUUCAAUUAACUGAGGUAGGUUGCGUUUGAAAACAGAAUAUGCUUGAACUUUUUAAGACGACUGGUAAUUGCAUUGUUGUCCUACAACUAUCUUUGUGCUAGCUUUUUUGGGGGUUUGUUUUCCUAAUAGCAUAGUCCAAAUAACUUGGUCCCAGAUCUGCUGUGGAGUAUUUCACAGGACAUUGACUGCAUGUUUUGUUUGUGUACUUUAUCAGCAGAAUGAUGACCUCCAAGUCAAAGUGGCUGAUUGUAGUCCUGCUUCUGCUCAAUGAACAAGCACUGUGCAAGGCGCAGCCUUCUCCGCGAGGCAUUCUUGGAGCAGGCGGGCCGGGCCGAAGAGAUCCACCAACGCGACCACAAUUUGGUCUCCCCGUUGCAGAAGAGACUGAUUCUGAAUCAACUCUUAGACCUGCAGAGAAGCGCCUAAAUUCAGCCAAACGUUUGGUAUCUCUCCUCAAGGCGAAGCUACAAGACUCGAUUCCACAUCUCUCCAGUUUGAGGAAUAUAAGCUGUGGGGAGCUGCUGUCAGCCAGUGGUCUUGAUGACCUUUUCUCCUCCAAAUUCCCGCAGGAGCUUCUGGGUCUGUCCUUGGUGCCAGUACUGGUGGUGGCUGGCUGCCUGCAGGAGGCGCACACGCUUGUGGUCAAGCUGUAUGGCUCGCUGGGGGUGGCCGAUACCAACGAACUCCUCCUUGAAGUGGAAGACUUGAUCCAGAGGAGAAAGUCACCAGCUGAAGCAAAAACAUCGACUCAGGAUAGUGAGCAAGCAGAGCGCCACCUAGAUGCCGUCAUGUUUAACAUUCAGCAGCUGGCCAUGGUGGGAAAGGGUUCAGGACGAGCGAAGUCAAUGCAAAAUUGCGACGAUUGGACCAGGGUUAAUGGAACCAUGCUGCUUGGAGUUGUUGUCCAGGAUGCUAACAGCGGGCUGGAGAAGGCUAUGGACACCUGUGAAAAGAUGGGGGUCAUGUGCGCCGGGGUCACAAGCGGUGUGCUCCCUGGACGAUAUCAGGCGGUGUUCAAGAGAGGCAGUCGCAUCCUACCGUCGCAAGCCGCCGACUGUUGGAUCCGUCAGUGUUACACAGAGCUUUCAUCUACCGCCGCCUCUGCUCGACGGCUGCGACGCGGCCUCCGGGGGACGUGCAUCAACCAAAAUGAGGAGCGCGUGUUCAGAGUGAUGGAGUGGAUCCCUGCAGUCAGCACCCUCUACAAUUUGGGAACAGCUGUUUAUUACGCAUCGGUCAACUGCUCCGAAACGGCCAAAGAAAGAGCUGUACUCACCGCCGUGGACCUCGGGACAGACGUCCUCAUGGUCGCCACGGGUGGCACCGCCGGUGUGGCUGGUUAUGCACUCGGUGCCGGUGUCAAGACAGGCGUCAAGGCUGGGGUUAAGUACCUACUAGGCUCCUUGAAGCAUGAAGACGAUGUGUUGGUCAACCAGUCUAGAUGGGAGGAGGGUGUCUUUACUGUACAGUAAUCUUAAUGAACCACACCAAUCGUCAUGUGAUGUCCUCAUUAUUACACUCUCUUUUCAUGUAUGUAGUCUUACCCUUAUUUUCACUGUGCAAUGUUUUCGUACUCUUUAUAGGAUAUUAACUUGCUUUUCAUUCUAUGUUUUUAAGUACCGGUACUCUUUUUAGGACGUGACACUAUGAUGUAACACGUACUUCCGGGAGGCACAAAAAAAAUGAAGCAUUCUCCAAUGGCACCACUGGUAAUCACCCCGCUCCGUUUUAUUUGACCAAUGUAGAAUAAAUUCCACAUUAAACUCCAAUGUUUUAACAUCAUUCGUUAAGGUCAUUAGGAGUCACUUUUCUGCCAUUCGGCCAGAGGUAUCCUCUUUUUUUGUGUGUGAAAUGGUUUACAUGGCACAUUAUGUUUGACAUCAAGAAAAAAAGCUUAACUCAUCGUUUGAAUUUCCUUCUGUACAAAUUUUGAAAGUCAGCAGAUCAUCACAUAAUUUGGAGAGACACUCGUCUGCAUUGUGACUGUUGUUGGGAGGCAGACAAUGAAAUUUGCUAAUUCUAUUUAAUUGUUCAACAUUUAUCUAGAAAUGCUCUGACAAAAAAAUGAGGUAAAGAAAAAUAAAUAAAAUUGUUAAGAUACA